GUCUGGACCGCGAGAGAGGAGAGCUUUGUUUAUGAUCUUCCAUGGGUGUUUUGGAAUUCUGGAUCCCAUUCUGAGCCUCAACCGAGGUCCCUGCUGUCAAUUCGCUGCUCUGCGUGCCAGGGGCAGGGCAAAGUGGCAGGAAUGGAGUGAGGUGGGGUGUCGGAAGAGUGCUAAAAACUAUUUGGCUUCCCAUUCCUCAUGAUUUUUUCCCGGCGCUGAUAAUUGAACCCAGGGGCACUUUACCACUGAGCUAUAUCCCCAGCCCUUUUGAUUUUUUGAGACAGGGUUCUCCACCAGUUGCUUAGGAUCUCCAUAAGUUGCUGAGGCUGGCCUUGAACUUGAGAUCCUCCUGCCUUAUCUUGCCCAGUCGCUAGAAUUACAGGUGUGCGCCACCACUGCCGGCUUCAUGAUCUUAUUAUCUACAAUUAGACCUAGUCAAAUCUUAUUAAGUUGAAUUUGGGAAAGACUCCAUGGGCGAAAUAGCAGCUUUCAAUAGGGCCUGAGAGCCUGUAGACUUCUUUGUUUCCCAUUCAAGAUGCCACUUUCAGACUUUGUUCUGGCCCUGAAGGACAAUCCCUACUUUGGGGCUGGAUUUGGCCUGGUUGGUGUGGGCACAGCCCUAGCCCUGGCCCGAAAGGGUGCCCAAUUGGGCCUGGUGGCAUUCCGGCGCCAUUACAUGAUCACACUGGAAGUCCCUGCUCGAGACAGGAGCUAUGCUUGGUUGCUUAGCUGGCUUACCCGCCACAGUACCCGUACUCAGCACCUCAGCGUGGAAACUUCAUACCUUCAGCACGAGAGUGGUCGGAUCUCCACCAAGUUUGAAUUUGUUCCCAGCCCUGGAAACCACUUUAUCUGGUAUCAGGGCAAAUGGAUCCAGGUAAAACGAAGUCGAGAAAUGCAGAUGAUAGACUUGCAGACCGGGACUCCUUGGGAAUCUGUCACCUUCACAGCUUUGGGCACUGACCGCAAGAUUUUCUUCAACAUCCUGGAGGAAGCUCGAGAGCUAGCCUUGCAACAGGAGGAAGGAAAGACCGUGAUGUACACAGCUGUGGGCUCUGAAUGGCGCCCCUUUGGCUAUCCACGCCGCCGCCGGCCACUGAAUUCUGUGGUUCUACAGCAUGGUCUGGCUGACCGAAUUGUCAGAGACAUCCGGGAAUUCAUUGAUAACCCCAAGUGGUACAUUGACAGAGGUAUUCCCUAUAGACGUGGCUACCUGCUUUAUGGACCCCCUGGUUGUGGAAAGAGCAGUUUUAUCACAGCCCUGGCUGGGGAACUGGAACAUAGCAUCUGCCUGCUGAGUCUCACAGACUCUAGCCUCUCUGAUGACCGGCUCAAUUACCUGCUGAGUGUGGCUCCACAGCAAAGUCUGGUGCUCCUGGAGGAUGUGGAUGCUGCUUUUCUCAGUCGAGACUUGGCUGCAGAGAACCCUGUGAAGUACCAAGGUCUAGGUCGUCUUACCUUCAGUGGAUUGCUCAAUGCCUUGGAUGGAGUGGCUUCCACUGAGGCACGCAUUGUGUUCAUGACCACCAACCAUGUUGAUAGGCUGGACCCUGCCCUGAUACGCCCUGGGAGAGUAGAUCUGAAGGAGUACGUGGGCUACUGUUCACACUGGCAGCUGAUCCAGAUGUUCCAGAGGUUCUAUCCAGGGCAAGCACCUUCUUUAGCUGAAACCUUUGCAGAUCAUGUCCUUCAAGCUACAACCCAGAUCAGUCCAGCCCAAGUGCAGGGCUACUUCAUGUUGUAUAAAAAUGACCCCACAGGGGCAAUUCAGAAUACCGAGUCUCUGAGGUAAUCAGCCAGGCUGUGCUGGGCUCUCCUCCUAGAGGAAAUCAAUAAACACUUGCCAUACUA